AGUUGUGUGGCGGAGCGGUGUGAUGGGUACCUAACUUUGUGAAAAUGUGUAACGCUGCAGUGAUGGCUGGAGAGCCGCUGGCUUCGGGGAAUCGCCUGAGCUCGCUGAACCACAUGCACCCGGUCAUUAAAGCUUUCUUGUGCGGGUCCAUAAGUGGUACCUGCUCCACACUUCUCUUCCAGCCUUUAGACCUGGUGAAAACCCGACUCCAAACACAGCAAUUCUCAUCUGCGGGGAACCGUGUUGGAAUGGUCCAACUUUUUGUCUCAGUAAUUCGUAAUGAAAACAUUAUUGGACUAUGGAAAGGAGUCUCUCCGUCAUUUCUACGAUGUAUUCCUGGAGUUGGUGUGUACUUUAGUACCCUCUAUUUCCUGAAACAACAGCUUUUCUCAGGCAAGGAGCUCAGCCCUCUGGAAUCCGUUUGUUUGGGAGCAGGAUCUAGAACAGUGGCAGGAGUUUGCAUGUUACCCUUCACAGUCAUAAAGACUCGUUUUGAGAGUGGUAACUAUGGCUAUAAAAGUGUAUUUGGUGCACUGGGUAGCAUAUACAGGACCGAAGGUGCUCGCGGCCUGUUUAGCGGUCUCACUGCUACAUUGCUCCGAGAUGCUCCUUUUUCAGGCAUAUAUCUGAUGUUUUAUACGCAAGCCAAAAGAUUUGCUUUACAGAGUGAUUUUGACCAAACCUUCAUUCCCCUAAUGAACUUCAGUUGUGGCAUCAUGGCUGGUAUCCUUGCAUCCAUAAGUACCCAGCCAGCUGAUGUAAUUAAAACUCAUAUGCAGCUUUCACCAGAGAAAUACCGCUGGACUGGUCAUGCUGCCUGCUCUAUCUAUAAGAAUCAUGGCUUGAUUGGAUUCUUUAAUGGAGGUUUACCUCGAGCUUUACGCCGAACUCUCAUGGCAGCAAUGGCAUGGACAGUAUAUGAAAAAAUGAUGGAAACAAUGGGUUUGAAGUCUUGAGCA